GUGCUUCGGACAACAUGCUGCCACUUCAUCGGCUCCGAGCCGCUUGUGUCGCGUCGACGCGGCCUCGUCCCUCGCCACCUGCGGCCCUUCCCCUUCUCCCGGCUGGAUGCGUGUCCUCCCGCCUCCGGCGCCCAUCCCUCAGAUAGGGGCAUUUUGAGCAUCACAAUUGUCCUCGGCUCAGCAGCGAAUAGUUCCCCCCCCGCCCCCCUCUCUCUCUCUCUCUCUCUCUCUCAGAUUCCUUCUCUACUUUGAUGUCUAAUUGCGUAUCCCCUUCGACUGGUCUCGUUUUUCUUCACCCUCAUCAAAUUGUCCGAUGAAUUUGAGAUAUUUGGGGCUCAAAGAUCUCCUUUUUGUGUUCUUUCCUCUGUUUUCUCCUCGUCCCAUGUCUUCUGUGUUUGUCUGGCACAAUUUUUCCUUCAAAUUUCCCCUAAUAUUUGGUUCGUACCCAAAACCAUUUCCCGGGUUCGAAAUGAAUCGAUAAAAAAUCAAAUCUGUGAGAAGAAAGUUCGGUUUUUGAUCGAAGUUUUUCGUUGCCGUUUCUUUUGGGUGUGCUGAUGGAAGCAGAGGCAGCGGAGGGGGAACUGGAGCGCCCGUCGUCGGCUAUCGAGAGCUUCCCGAGAGAUUUGCUCCAUAGAUUGUCCGGAAACAACUUCUCCAGUGAGCAAGCGGAGGCGCUGGGCGGGGAGUCCGAUGAGGUCGAGCUCAAUCUCUCCCUCGGCCUCUCCCUCGCCGGAUGCUUCGGGGUGGAUCCGGAGGGGAAGAAGCUGGUUCGGUCGUCGUCGAUCGCGUCCUUCUCGUCGCUGCCGAGGGAGCACGACUUCUUCACGGUGACGCCAUCCCUCGUGAGAGCGAGCUCGUUGCCAACGGAAUCGGAGGAAGAGAGGAGGAAGAGGAAGGAAUCGCAGGGCUUGAGAAGGUUGGAGGCGAAGAGGAAGAGGCUGGAGAAGAGGAGUUCGAUCAAAUCGGGUGCUCUGAAAGAUGAGGGAGGGAAGAGUUUGUCGGCAGCCAUGUCAGUCGACGGCCGCCUCAGCCUUCCCAUCGGAACCCAGUUCAGUGGGGUGUUCGACGUAGUCAUUCCUCCAAGGCCACCGGCGUGGGCAGCGGGGCCUAACAGCACAGUGGCGCAGGGGUCAGUUGGAUCGCAGGGCAGCAGCUCCUUCAGUGUGUCCGAGGUCGAGAGCCAGACGCCGGCUCGAGGAGAGGAAGAUCCUCUGAAGAAGGUUGCAGAUGCAACCGCCGACGCAAGUCUGGGGAGGAACAUGAUGGAAGACAUGCCCUGUGUCUCCACCAGGGGAGAUGGUCCCAAUGGAAGAAGAAUUGAGGGCCUCCUCUACAGAUAUAAGAAGGGAGAAGAUGUAAGAAUAGUGUGCGUCUGCCAUGGCAGCUUCCUCACCCCGGCUGAGUUCGUCAAGCAUGCGGGUGGCGGUGAUGUCGCCCACCCCCUGCGGCACAUCGUCGUCAAUCCUUCUCCACCAGCCUUGUUGUAGUUUCAGCUCUCCUCUCUUCCUCCCCGGAAGAGAUGGAAUUCUCUUCUGACAUAUGAUGAGUUGAUGAUGACUUCCUAUUGCAGAUGAAUGGAUGUGAAUUGUACAUGCA